GAGGGGGCGGCGAGCGCGAGCGCCAGCGCCUGAGUCACCGCCCGCCCGCCCGCAGCCGCCAUGUCGGGGCCCGGCGCCCGCUCCACACACGGACACGGUCACAGCCUCAGCCCCAGCCCGCGGCCCGCACUCAACGGUCCUGGUCCAAAUCGAUUGAUGAACCAAAAUUAUUCUGUUCCAACUGAACAAGGGUAUAAUGUGGUUCCACCAGCACCACAUGUGCAUCAAUUGCCAGCGAAGAACUUUCCGCAGGUCCCUAUUGAACAAUACAGCUAUGAGUACCCACAAAGUUUUCAACCUAUUGGGAAUUUUCAGAGUGUUGGACAGACUGUCAACAGGCCUCCAGUAAAUGCUAACUUGUUACAGAAGGUGAACUCUUCUGGAGUACAGAGUGCUUCUUUGGCUGCACAUUCGGGAUCUUACUCAAGAAUGCCACUGCCAUCUCAAGGUUCCUUUGCGCCUCCACCUUCGGAGAAAGUUCCUGCAAGAGCCCCAAUCCUUCCACAGUCCGACUGGCAGUUUGGUCACCCGCAACAAUCCCAUCCUGUCCGACAGCCCCCGGCAGGAAUGCAGAUAAAUCACGUGGUCCCGACUGAAGGAAUUGGCCAGGGGCACGGGCCUUCAAUGCCCAUCUCCACCACCUAUGGAAUGAGUUGUCCAAAGCCAGCAAUGGGCAAUCAAUAUGGCAAUAUGGCUGGAAGACCUACCGCUACGCAGAAUUAUGCAAACCAAGGAUCAGUUCAUCCACCGGUCAGCCAACCACCACACCAGAUGUAUCAACAAGUCAGGACACCCCUGGGUCCCCCUCCAAGUGGAGGUCCUCCUUUGAUCAGACCGUCUCAACCUAUGGUGAACACUAAUCAUGAUGCACCGCCAACGCAGAACAUUUCCAGGGACUCUGAAGGAUUCGUUUCUGGAUCAUCUGGCGAUCAAUCAGAAUCUCAUGACAACUAUGAUUCUUUGGAAGGAGGUGGUAAAAUUAUGCAGCCACUUCAACAAGGUAUUCAGGCCAGAGGAACACUCGGCCACCCUUAUCCCUCCUUGCCACCAGGAUACCAAAACUUAGCUGGCCCUGGAAUUCCUGGCAGUCAGGUGCCAGAUGCAGCAGGUUCACAACAAUAUCCUCAGGGUCCGAAUUUUAAUCAAAUAAUGGCUGGCAUUGGCGGGCUGAGUCUGCAGCAGGACCACCAAUCAGAAGGAGUAUGUCCUCUGAAUCUCCUGCAAGAAAGAAAUAUUCUGCCUACAACACCAGUGAAAGCCCCUCUACCAAACCUGCACAGGGAUCUACAGAAACUGAACUGCAAUCCCGAAGUGUUCAGAUGCACAUUGACCAACAUCCCUCAAACUCAGUCUUUAUUGAGCAAAGCUAAGCUUCCUCUAGGAUUACAGCUACAUCCAUUCAGAGAUCUAUCGCAAUUGCCCGUGGUUACAUCGAGCACCAUUGUGAGAUGUCGUUCUUGCCGAACCUACAUAAAUCCUUUUGUUAACUUUCUGGACCAAAGAAGAUGGAAAUGUAACUUGUGCUAUCGAGUUAAUGAUGUUCCUGAAGAAUUCAUGUAUAACCCUGUGACGCGAUCAUAUGGAGAGCCACAUAAACGACCUGAAGUUCAAAGUGCAACCAUAGAGUUUAUUGCUCCUUCAGAGUACAUGCUGCGACCACCACAACCUGCAGUAUACCUUUACAUCUUGGACGUGUCCCAUAAUGCGAUAGAGUCUGGAUAUUUAAAUACUGUCUGCCAAUUAUUGUUGGAUAAUUUGGACACAUUACCUGGUGAUUCUCGUACAAGGAUAGGUUUUAUUACAUUUGAUAGCACCAUUCAUUUCUACAAUCUGCAAGAAGGCCUGUCACAGCCUCAAAUGAUGGUGGUCUCUGAUAUAGAAGAUGUCUUUAUACCAACACCAGACAACUUGUUGGUGAAUCUGAAUGAAAGUAAAGAGUUGAUCCAAGACUUGUUAAGAAACUUGCCACAAAUGUUUACCAAUACAUUGGAGACUCAAAGUGCCCUGGGUCCUGCGCUGCAGGCUGCGUACAAGUUGAUGUCCCCAACAGGCGGCCGGGCCUCAGUCUUCCAAACACAGUUACCAUCAUUAGGUGUAGGGGCACUAAAGUCAAGGGAAGACCCCAAUCAAAGGUCUAACAUAAAGGAUGUCCAGCACCUUUCUCCAGCGAUUGAUUUCUACAAGAAACUUGCCCUGGAUUGUUCAGGGCAACAGAUUGCAGUAGACCUCUUUAUGUUGAAUGGCCAAUAUACGGACUUGGCCUCUCUGGCUUGUAUUUCAAAGUUCUCGGCUGGUUGCAUUUACUAUUACCCAUCCUAUCAUCACAAACACAAUCUUGUCCAGGUGGAGAAAUUUCAAAAGGACUUAAAGCGCUACUUGAUUAGAAAGAUCGGCUUUGAAGCAGUCAUGAGGAUACGCUGCACAAAAGGCCUUGCUAUUCAUACUUUCCAUGGAAACUUCUUUGUGCGUUCUACAGACUUGCUAUCCCUGCCCAACAUAAAUCCUGAUGCUGGGUUUGCAGUACAGAUGUCAAUAGAGGAGAAUCUGGUGGAUGUUCAGCUUGUCUCAUUUCAAGCUGCCCUUUUGUAUACUUCAAGUAAAGGUGAGCGUCGGAUUCGGGUUCAUACCUUGUGUCUGCCAGUUGUGAGUUCACUAGCGGAUGUGUACGCAGGAGCUGAUGUUCAGUCUGUUACCUGCCUGCUCGCCAGCAUGGCUGUUGACCGAUCUAUUUCAUCGAGUUUGAGUGAUGCCCGAGAUGCUUUGGUCAAUGCUGUGAUAGAUUCACUCUCCACUUUCCGCACUGCAGUUUUAAGCCAGCAGCAGCAACAGCAGCCCGGUGUGAUUGCCCCCUUGUCACUGCGACUGUUUCCUCUCUAUGUGCUAGCUCUACUGAAACAGAAAGCUUUCAGAACUGGAACCAGUACAAGGCUGGAUGACCGUGUGUUUGCCAUGUGUGAACUGAAAUACCAGCCUGUGUCUUACCUCAUCCUCAUGAUUCAUCCAAGUCUGUACAGGAUUGAUAAUCUGUCAGAUGAGGGAUCCAUUAACAUCAAUGACAAAACUAUACCUCAGCCACCAAUUCUUCAACUAUCGGUAGAGAAGCUAAAUAGGGAUGGCGCCUUCUUAAUGGAUGCUGGCUGUGCUUUCUUUCUUUGGAUUGGAAAAAAUUGUUGCUCGCAGUUUGUGACCCAAGUGCUGGGUGUUUCUAAUUGUGCUUCAAUACCGCAAAGCAUGGCACAGCUUCCCGAACUGGACACCGUUGAAUCUGAACGAACUAGAGCCUUCCUUUCUUGGCUGCGGGAUCAAAGGCCCUUUUACCCUGUACUCCAAGUGAUUAAGGACGAGACUCCCAAUAGGAAUAGCUUCCUACAGAAUAUGGUUGAAGAUAGAACAGAAUCAGCAUUGUCUUAUUAUGAGUUCCUGCUUCAUGUACAGCAACAAGUGAAUAAGUGAUCUACAGAAGAAAUGCAUGCUUCAAUUGUGUGGAGAUGGCUCUUGUUGGUACAAGGGGUACCAGUAUUUAUAUAUGCUUAAUAAAAUAAUUAUUGGUAUCCUUGUAAGUCACAUUCUAGCUUUCAUUGAGGCAGUCUACAUUUUCUGCACAGUGUGGAACCAUUUAAUAGAUUGGAUCACAAAAAUAUAAAUCGAACUAAGCCAUUUUCUGUUAAUAGCAUUUUGAAGAUUUACCUAGUAAAACCUAGCUGCAUACAGUUGUGAAAACCUAGGUUCUGUUCAUGAUUUGGGUUUCUACUGUUGGGAGUGUGGAGCUGUUUUUUCUUUAAAUGCCACACAGAUGUAGUAGCAUGGUUUAAAUAUUCUCUUUGUAAAAGCUGUGGAAACUAGAGGAAAGCAUCACAAUGUAGAGUAUGAUGUAAAUUUCUGAUUUCAAUUUAAGCAAUGGUCGAAUGUCUGUUCCUCCUCUCCCCUCACCCCCCCCCCCCUCCCCCUCCCCCAAAGACGAGGCACAAUAUUACAGGAGAUGCUUGUAAAGAAUUCAAAAGUGUAACAAUGGAAUUUUAUCACUUAAUUGUACAUGUACUCUUGUCAACUUGGCACGUGAGAGAUCAGGCAGACUUAAAGUCAUUGUUUGUAAUCAUAUAUGCUGAUAAAGCAGUUUUUAGACUCUGGGCUUAACUUUAACAUUUGCUUCUCCUGUCUGAUUAUAUCUGGUCUUGAAACCGCUAGAUAUGAUUACAUUCAGUGUAACAUUAUCCUAAAUUUGGUAUAUUUUUCUAGUUUCUCCUGCUUUUUUACUAGGAAAAUACAGAUUUAUGCAAAAGUGACUUAUUUAUGUAAUUCACCAGCAUAUGGUAAAGUGUGAUUUAUAUUGAUGUUGCUGUAUUGCUAAUAUUAUCACAUCUUUGUGCUUGGAGUAUCAUGUGCAUCACCUUUUUAAAUUUGUCUUGAUACUUAAGUUUGAAUGAUUCUAAUGCUAAAGGGCAGAGAUUGUAAUCUUACCUGCCAUGUCUGAUAUUUCUACUUGAAUAGAACAAACACUUUUGAAAUCAUUGGAACGUGUGUAUUUUGCAGACAGGAUUUUUAUUACAGAGUUGUUUAAAUUAGUGAACAAAAAUUAAUGCUGCAAAAACCUCCUGUGACAGUAUCUGGGACCACAAAUAUCAAUUUGAAAGUCCAUACACUAUGAAAUGUAAUCUGUAAAUAGUAAAUUGCAUUUUGUAAAGUAGUGUAUAAAAUUGUAACAAAUUAAAUCCUAAUUCUCUAAA